AUGGCUACUCAAUUAUUACAUCCUGAUGAAGAUAAAUUUUUUCAAGUUGCUCUUGAUUUAGUAAAAAAAGCAGGAGUUGUUGUACGUAAUGCCUUUGAUCAACCAUUUUCUUCAGUUUCAACAAAAGCAUCAAAUACAGAUUUAGUUACUGAAACAGAUCAAGCUGUUGAGAAAUUGCUAAUCUCAAAUUUAUCUGCUGCCUUUCCUGAUCAUAAAUUUAUUGGUGAAGAAAGUAAUGCUGCUGGAGUUAAAGUUGAAUGGAGUGAUGCUCCAACAUGGAUUAUUGACCCUAUUGAUGGAACCACAAAUUUUGUUCAUCGUAUUCCAAUGAUUGCCAUAUGUGUUGGAUUAGCUAUUAAUAAACAGGUUCGUGCUGGAAUAGUAUACAAUCCUAUUACCAAUGAAUUAUGGUAUGCUCAACAUGGAAAAGGAGCUUUUAAAAAUGGAUUCCCAAUUAAAACUCCAAAUGUUGAAGAUCUAUCACAAAGUGUAAUUUGUCAAUCAUUGGGUAUACAUAAUAUGUUAAAACACGGUAGUGGAUGGCUUGAUAUUGUAACUAAUAAUAUGAAGAAUCAAGUUCAUAAAGCAAUUAAUGAUGCUGUUAUUAUAACACAAUUAGGAUCUGAUCGUUCGAGUAACCUUGUGAAAUCUUUUUUAAAUACUUAUCAACGUUUAAUGGUUGAUAAUGAAGCUCAUGGACACAGAUCAUUUGGAAGUGCCGCUAUAAAUAUGGUUUAUGUAGCUCAAGGGAGUAUUAAUGCAUAUGUUGAAUAUGGUAUUCAUUGUUGGGAUGUGGCUGCUGCUGGAAUAAUUGUACAGGAAUCAGGAGGUUAUUUAAUGGAUCCAACAGGAUGCCCAUUUGAUAUAAUGUCGAGAAAAGUAUUAUGUUCUAGUACUAAAAAACUUGGUGAUGAAUUAUCAAAAUGUUUAACUCAUGUUGAAUAUCCAAAGGAAUUUUAA